AUGAUUAAUCUACAGGAGUUUAUCAAAUCUUUUAACGCCCAGACGCAGUAUCAAACCGGCAUGGUAGUAACAACCGUCAUUACCUGUUAUAGCGACAGGUCGUUUACGUUUAGCGUAAAAUCGCCGCCCGCGGCAGUUUUACUCAAAGCCGCAGCGAAGAUUGCGAAAGGCUCAGGUGAACCUAACCGAGACAAGGUUGCCUCUGUCACAAUGGAUCAAAUCCGCGAGAUUGCGCAGACGAAAUUACCUGACUUAAAUACAACAGAUUUAGAUGCUGCAAUGCGGAUGGUAGAAGGCAGCCGCUCGCAGUAUGGGGCUUACAAUUGGAUAGCGAGGCUCAGUCGUAUGACGAGGCGCAUGACCCUUGCAUACACAUAA